GGGCGGGUCACUUCCGGUCUCGGCGCCCGCUUCCGGCGCGAUCCCACAAGCUCCGCGGCGAGGCGGGCGGAGAAGCAGGGCCGGGGGUCGGCGGCCACGGUGCGGGAGGACUCGCUGCUGACCUCGGCGCCGUCGCCAUGGGCAAGAAGCACAAGAAGCAUAAGGCCGAGUGGCGCUCGUCGUACGAGGACUAUGCAGACAAGCCUUUGGAGAAGCCCCUGAAGCUGGUGCUCAAGGUUGGAGGAAGUGAAGUGACAGAGCUCUCAGGGUCCGGCCACGACUCCAGUUACUACGAUGACAGGUCAGACCACGAGCGAGAGAGGCACAAGGAGAAGAAGAAGAAGAAAAAGAAAAAGUCGGAGAAGGAGAAGCACCUUGACGAUGAAGAAAGAAGGAAGCGAAAGGAAGAGAAGAAGCGGAAGCGGGAAAAGGAACACUGUGACACAGAGGGAGAGGCGGACGACUUUGAUCCGGGGAAGAAGGUGGAGGUGGAGCCGCCCCCCGACCGGCCUGUCCGAGCGUGCCGGACACAGCCAGCUGAAAAUGAGAGCACGCCUAUUCAGCAACUACUAGAGCAUUUCCUCCGCCAGCUCCAGAGAAAAGAUCCUCAUGGAUUUUUUGCUUUUCCUGUCACGGAUGCAAUUGCUCCUGGAUACUCAAUGAUAAUAAAACACCCGAUGGAUUUUGGCACAAUGAGAGACAAAAUUGUAGCUAAUGAAUACAAGUCAGUCACGGAAUUUAAGGCAGAUUUCAAACUGAUGUGUGAUAAUGCAAUGACGUACAACAGACCGGACACCGUGUACUACAAGUUAGCUAAGAAGAUCCUCCACGCGGGCUUUAAGAUGAUGAGCAAAGAGCGGCUGUUAGCUUUGAAGCGCAGCAUGUCGUUUAUGCAGGACAUGGAUUUUUCUCAGCAGGCAGCUCUUUUGGGCAACGAAGAUACAGCCGUCGAGGAGCCUGUUCCUGAAGUUGUGCCCGUACAAGUAGAAACUGCUAAGAAAUCCAAAAGGCCGAGUAGAGAAGUCAUCAGCUGCAUGUUCGAGCCGGAAGGAAACGCCUGCAGCCUGACCGACAGCACCGCGGAGGAGCACGUCCUGGCCUUGGUGGAGCACGCGGCCGACGAGGCCCGGGACAGGAUCAACCGGCUGGUCCCCGGUGGCAAGAUGGGCUACCUGAAGAAGAACGGGGACGGGAGCCUGCUCUACAGCGUGGUCAACACGGCCGAGCCGGACGCAGACGAGGAGGAGACGCACCCGGUGGACCUGAGCGCGCUGUCCAGCAAGCUGCUGCCCGGCUUCACCGCGCUGGGCUUCAGGGAGGAGCGGAGGAGCAGAGUCACCUUCCUGUCCGGUGCCAGCACUGCCCUGUCCACGCACAACAACUCAGUGUUCGGCGACUUGAAGUGCGACGAGGUGGAGCUGCUGUACUCGGCCUACGGAGACGAGACGGGUGUGCAGUGCGCGCUGAGCCUGCAGGAGUUUGUGAAGGAUGCCGGGAGCUACAGCAAGAAGCUGGUGGAUGACCUCCUGGACCAGAUCACGGGCGGGGACCACUCACGGAUGCUCUUCCAGCUGAGGCAGAGGAGAAGCAUUCCGACGAAGCCUCUGGAUGAAGUAAAGGCGGGGGACCCUCUCGGGGAUGGUGGCCCCGCCCUGGACUUCAUGGCCAUGAAGUCCUACUCGGACGUCUCUCUGGACAUCUCCGUGCUCGGCUGUCUGGGUAGGUUGUGCCGGGCACCUCCCGGGGGGCAGGGUGGCUCGGCCCUGCCCAUUGGCCGCACGAUGAAGACCCCCAUCCUCAGGACCUGCCAGGUGACUCCAGAUGGGGCCCGCCUUGGGAAUCGUCUGCUGGGGUCCCGCCCCCAGUUAGUGCAUCCGUGUGCUCCCCACCGUCGUCCACGGGUGCCCACUGGGCUGGCCCCGUCGGGGGAGAUGCCUCUGUGCUCCCCUCGGCUCUCGUGUGCCGACGAGGCCCUCCCAGCCCCUCGUGGCCAGUGGUUUUCAUGGUGCGUCUCCUCCCCUCCCCCUUCAGACCUGCUGGACGUACUGUGCGUCCCCUCGGUGGUCUCGCCCAGGGCAGUUCCCCCAGGGGACCUGUGGCAGCCUCUGGAGACGUCUUUGGCCUCACACUUGGGACCUGGUGCUUCUGGCCUCAAGUAGACGGAGGCCAGAGGUGCUGCUGACCGCCCUGGAGCCCCAGAAGAGCCCCAGCAGGAAUGGCCUGGCCUGCGGCUGGGGGCUGGGUCCGGGCCCCGCCUGCUGUUGGAAGUGGACCUCGUCACCCCGUCGUGAAGGGUGCCAGGCAGCCUCGCUCCGUCACGCAGCCUGGCAGGCCCUGCUUCAGGUUGAAGCGCGUCAGACCCUUGGUGUUCAGCGCGGUUGUGGAUAGGACUGCACUCCAGCCUGCCGUCUGGCUGUGUGCUGGUUUCCCAGCGGUUCAGGGGUCCCCAGGACCACCCCCAGGUGUGAUUCCUUAGGACCCCAGGACUCAGAGGGACCUGGGGGGGUGUUGCUGCGGGAGACCCGGCCCCAGCUGCCAGCGCCCUCCCCACGAGCCCCCGGCCGGAGCUGUGACGACCGGCACCCUCUGCUUUGCCCAGCCCCGGCCCCAGACGCCCAGCAGGAAGGCAGGGGCCCAGGACAAAGCACACCGUGGCCCAGACGGUCUGGCACGGCGCCCCCUCGGUCACUCAGGCGGUGGGAGCCAGCCAGGGGCCGGUCUGGCUUCUGACCAGCUGUUCUCUUUCCUCUCGCGGAGUCCAAGGCUUUCUCCACUUUACCUGGUUGUGGUAGUUUGGUUACAGCAGCCCUGGUUGGUUCUCCUUUAGGUUUAUUCUUCACGGGUUGCGUUUCGUCGUUGGGUCUGGGGGUUUGGAGCUGAAUGUGGGGAGUCUGGCUGUAGUUCUCCAGCACCCUCCUGAGCCCGACUCUGCCCACCUGCCUUUGGUCUUUUCUCUGCUUGGUUUUGGGCCGUGGCGGGCGAGUCCUGGGGGCGCUGGGCACCCUUCUGCUGACCUGUCAGUCUCCUGGGCUCGCCGUAGCUGCCAUUCUUUUCACCCCCAGAAGCUCCACCGACUUUUCCUGCGUCGUCCCCCUCUUGCCUCCGGUCACGUGUCCUUUGCCUUUGGAACACGCGGUGCGUGUUCCUAAUCUCUGUCCCCGCAUCUCACUCGCAGGGCUCUCCCCCGGUGGGGCUGCGUGUCCCUGUUUCUCUGCCUGCAUGGGCAUGGCUGGUGGGAUGCGCUGGAUUUAGUCGGCGCCUUUGCACGUGCCGGGCGCUGUUCCGAUGGUCGUUAGGCAGCUUGGAGCGUCGGGCCCUGUCCAGGUUUUUCUUAGGCCGUCUUAGGGUACAGAGCCAGGUCAGUGCAGGGCGGACGUGGUCCCAACAUUAGGCCGCGCCCUUCCGGGGGCUUGGGCCGCAGGUGACCACAGCAUGUGUGCGGCUCUUGACCCCCCAAGAGGCCACCCUCACACUGGCGCAGGGCAGGCUCGGCCAGGCGUUUGUCGUCCUUGGUGCGUGUGGUGACGUGGCUGCGGGUGGACAGGCUGGCCGGCCUCCACAUCCCAUCGUCCCGUGUGUGCAGGGAAAGUGAAGAAGGAGCUGGACCACGACGACGGCCACCUGAGCCUGGACGAGACCACGAAGCUCCUUCAGGACCUGCAGGAGGCGCAGGCAGAGCGUGGGGGCUCCCGGCCGUCCUCCAACCUCAGCUCCCUGUCCAACGCCU